CUGCUCCCUGGAAGUAUGGUUGCUACUUGCUAGACAACGGGUCGUUGAGUCACAGAAAGAAACUAAUCUAUAUGGCAAAAGCUGAUCCCAUGUGAAAGAGGUUCUCACGGUUGAUUUCCGGACCCAGAUGGUGAACUUGAAGAAAAAUUAGGCAAAAAGGGGAAUGGACCACACCAUGAAUUUUUUGUGUAAGAAUCGAAAUUCCACUCUCUGUAUCUCUAUUCACAGCCAUCCCUCUUCUCUUUUGGAAGACUUUGACUGCCGUAAUAAAGCUCUUUAAAUUUCGGCUCUCUGGGAAUUAACAUGCAACAACAAGAACUUGCCUUAUAUGAUGAACUUAAACAUGAGCUUAGCUAUACAACUCUCAUAAUGGUGAUGGUCUGGAGUACUACCGUCCUUCUUUCCUAAGCUGCAUCUCAAGUUGCCGCAACUACCUCAGCAACUACUUUGUCACUGGAACGAGAAGCGAAGGCUCUGCUCGAGAGUGGUUGGUGGAGUAGCUACAGCAACGACACUUUGCAACGUUGCAACUGGCCAGGUAUCUCAUGCAAUGAUGCUGGAAGCGUCAUCAAUAUUUACCCACUUUCUGACGUUUUCAAGGUUGGUGAUAAAUUCAAGAAUAUCGACUUCUCUUGCUUUCCAAAUCUUUUUUCUCUACAUCCUAAUUAGUGGUCAAAGGUUCCAUCCCCGAGGAAAUUGAAAAUUUGAAAGUACUGACUUCAUUGGAUCUCUCUUAAAACAAGUUGAGUGGACCAAUUCGGCCUCAAAUUGGUAAUUCUUCCAAUUUGGAAGAGUUGAACUUAAGCAAUAACAAUUUACAGGGUCUCAUUCCUGAUCAAAUCAGCAGUUUUUCAUUGCUAGGCUGUGUAGAUCUCAGAAACAAUGAUUUCUCAGGUGUUAUUCCAUAUAAUCUUCUUAAUGCAAGGUGUAAUUACUUAAAUUUAAGCUGCUGUAAAUAGAUGCUAUGGUAUUUGGUGGCAACAAAACUUUAGCACCCUACUCAUGUUCUUCAAUGGAGAAGAGUCACAAUCUCCCAAUACUUCUAGCUGUGAUCGUAAUCAUUGAUUUCUUUCUUUUCGGGUGUUUAUUAUUAUUAUUAUUAUUAUUGUGGAAGUAUAAGGUCAAGGUCAACCCAACUAGUGUACUGCAAACCACUGAAAAUGGAGACCUGUUCUCGAUAUGGAACUACGAUGGCAAGAUUGCUUAUGAAGACAUCAUAGCAGCAACAAAUGAUUUUGACGUUCGAUACUGCAUUGGAACUGGUGGUUAUGGAAGUGUCUACAGAGCACAGCUACCCAGUGGCAGAGUAGUUGCCUUGAAGAAGCUUCAUCGUCUUGAAGCUGAGGAACCGGCUUUCGAUAGGAGUUUUAGAAACGAAAUAAAAUUCUUAACAGCAGUUCGACAUCGAAACAUUGUCAAGUUACAUGGGUACUGUCUUCACAAACGUUGCAUGUUUUUGAUUUACGAAUACAUGGAAAGGGGAAGCUUGUUUUUCAUUCUAUGUGAUGAUGUUCAAGCUGUGGAAUUGGAUUGGACAAAAAGAGUGAACGUUAUCAAGAGCACGGCUUACGCUUUAUCUUACUUGCAUUUUGAGUGCACGUCAAUAAUAGUUCACCGAGACAUUUCAAGUAACAACAUCCUGUUAAACUCGGACUUGGAGGCUUUUGUCUCUGACUUUGGGACUGCUAGAAUCAUAGAUCCUGAUUCUUCAAAUCAAACAGGGCUUGUUGGCACUUAUGGCUAUGUAGCUCCAGAACUUGCCUACACAAUGGUUGUAACUGAAAAUGUGAUGUUUAUAGUUUUGGAGUUUUGGCAUUGGAAACGUUGAUCGGAAAGCAUCCAGCAGAAAUUUUGUCUUUGUUGUCAGCACCAUCUUCUUUGCAAAAUAUAAUGUUACUUGAUGUGUUAGAUCCACGUCUGUCACCUCCAACAUGCCAGCUGGUCGCU